GCGGGCGGCCCUCGGCGGGCGGAGCGGUGGGGUCAAGGGGCGGUGUUGACCUCCCGCCUGUAGCAACGCCAUGGCGGCCUGUGCCUUUCGCAGGAGCAUCGCCCGCCAGCUCUCUGAAGUUUUGGAUUUGCCGCCGGAGAACUUAAUAAAGUCCAUCUCUGCGGUUCCUGUCUCUAGAAAACGGCGUAAUGCUGAUUUCCAGCUUUCCAUUGCUUCCAUAGAAGAAGGCAGUUCUAGAGAUUACAUGGCACAAGAUCUUCAGCUUCGAGCUCAGAAGCUAGCUGAGAAGCUAAAAUGUGAUGCUGUAGUGAGUGAAAUCAGCACUGGUCCAGGAACAGUAAACUUUACAAUAAACAGGGAAUUGCUAGCAAAGACUGUUCUGCAGCAGGUGCAGAAAGAUGGCACACAAUAUGGAACAAAAAGUGAACUUUUCUCUACUGUGCCUAAACAAAAGGCAGUGGUUGAGUUCAGCUCCCCUAAUAUUGCCAAAAAGUUUCACAUAGGACACUUGCGUUCCACAAUCAUAGGAAAUUUUAUAGCAAAUCUCAAAGCUGCACUGGGACAUGAAGUAACAAGAAUCAAUUACCUUGGUGACUGGGGCAUGCAGUUCGGAUUACUAGGCGUGGGUUUCCAACAGUUUGGUGAGAAAGAAAAGCUGAAAUCCAGUCCUUUACAGCACCUUUUUGAGGUGUAUGUGCAGAUUAACAAAGCAGCAGCAGAUGAAAACACAAAAAAGCUGGCCAAGGAUUUCUUUAGAAAGCUGGAGGAGCAUGAUGAGCAGGCAUUGUCACUUUGGAAAGAAUUUAGAGACUUCAGUAUUAAAGAAUACACCCGAAUUUAUAAGCGUCUAGGAGUGCACUUUGAUGAGUAUUCUGGAGAAUCAUUUUAUCAAGAGAAAUCCCGUGAAGUUCUGAAGAUGUUGGAAGAUAAAGGGCUCCUUCAGAAAACAACAAAAGGAACCAGAGUUGUGGAUCUUUCAGAAAAGAAAGACCUCUCAUCACUUUCCACAGUCAGUCGUAGUGAUGGGACAUCUCUUUAUAUAACAAGAGACCUCGCUGCUGCCAUAGAUCGAAUGAAUAAGUAUAACUGGGAUACUAUGAUUUAUGUGACAGACAGAAACCAAAGCAGUCACUUUCAACACUUGUUCCAAAUACUGAAGCUCAUGGGUUAUGACUGGGUAGAAAGGUGCCAGCACGUGUCCUUUGGGCUAGUCCAAGGGAUGAAGACUCGGAAAGGAGAAGUUGUUUUCCUGGAAGACGUUUUAGAUGAAGUUCGAUCGAGGAUGUUAGAAAACAUGGCUUCUGCAAAAACAACCAAAGAGGUAGAAGACCCUAUGGAGACAGCAGAGAAGGUUGGUCUUGCAGCACUAAUAAUUCAGGACUUCCGAGGCCUCCUCUCAUCUGACUAUCAGUUCAGCUGGGAUCGAGCUCUUCAAAGUCGUGGAGAUACAGGCGUGUUCUUGCAGUACACCCAUGCCAGACUCCACAGUUUAGAACGGAUGCAUGGGAAUGAGCCAGUAACUGAUGUUAAUGUGGCAUGCUUGCAAGAGCCAGAUGCAAUCUCUCUUCUUCAGCAUCUUCUCAGGUAUGAUGAGGUCCUAUACAGAUCCUCUCAGGAUCUGCAACCCAAGCACAUAGUCAGCUACCUCCUCACACUUAGCCAUCUUGCAGCUGUGGCACAUCAAACUCUUCCUGUGAAAGGCAGCACACCUGCACUAGCCCAGGCAAGGCUCUGUCUCUUUCAAGCCACACGCUCCGUUCUAGCCAAUGGAAUGAAGCUUCUUGGCAUUACACCUGUAACUCGAAUGUAAUGAGGCUGUAUGCUGUAUGUGGCUUCAUAAAGGUUAUUUUUCAAGAGAAUACUUUCCCGUGAGUCACUGCUAAUGGUCUCAGGUGUCUGUACUGCAGAAAAGCACAUACACUGCAACCGUUUGAGGUAGGCAGUGGUUGUCAUAAUUACUUUUUCCCAUACAGUAGUAGUGCAUUUAAGACACUAGGGUGGGGUAGUUCCCAUAAAAGACAACUGUUCUGUAUUUACCUUUGUACAUGUAAUGCAUCCUUUUAGUAGAGGAAGUAGUAUUACACUGUACUGCCCUAAGCAAUGGAAGUUCUCCCCUUCUGCAGUUGUUGCCAUUGUGUGCGUAAGCCUCAUGGUAGGAGGGGUGCAGCUGCACCAGGGAUUGUAACAGACCCAAUUAAUCAGAUAUUUUCAUGUUGUAUUGCAUUCCCCCUUCACCACAUCUGUCCAGUCCUGUUCCUCUGUUACACUCACCUAAUGACUGAGGUGGAGAUGGGUUUGCUAUGCAGCUGGUGGAGAGGAAAUCAGUGCUCUCUCUUCACAAUCAGAGGGGGUAAAUACUGCUUGGCAAUGCCAGAGCACAGUGUGGCUGCAGGGAGCUGGAACAUCACACCAAAAUCAGUGCAGCUGGCUGCUCCAGCCUCUGAAAUGCCAGGCAGCACCCACUGCCACCAAAGGGUCUGACAUACCUGAGUGGUACUUUGGCGAUGUGCUCUAUCACAAAUGCACAGACCAGUCAGCAGAAGGCAGAGAGGAACACUGGAACCUCUCUCAUUGGAACAGAACUUAAGUAUCUUGGUUAUUGCUGUGUUGAAUGUGCCCCACAUUGAAGUAAAACUCAGCCAGUUAGCUUAGGUCUGAAGGAAUUUAAACAAGAUAUAAAUCUGAUCAGGUUUUUGCCUUCACUUUCAAUUUCAACAAGUUUUUCCCUAAACACAGCUAACAUUUUCAGGAAGGGUUGAGCAGAGUGAGGCAUCAGGGAGGGUUGGAAUGAUACAGCUGGCGCUCUCAAAUUAAAGUCAAAGCAUAACAUGCACUACAGGAACUGUUUUCAAGCACCACUUUGUUAUGCAAAAAGAGUUUGGAGAAAAAGUGCACAGAUCAUCUUCCAGUCUGACACCUCAUACUCAAAUGCAGAAAAGAAAAAAGCAUUACAAAUCAUCCUAAGAACACAAGUGAAGUACUUUGUUCAUAUGAUACAUAUUACCUAGAAGAGAAACCUCUCCUGUGACUAAUCACAGCUGCCAAAUGGUUUAAGAAAAAAUGCUGGCAGUAAUUGCUCUUUUUAAAAGGGUUUUUUUUUUUUU